UCGAGCGCGCAGUGGGAGGAGGCGGCUUCGCAACCGAUUUAAAAAUCAUAUUUAUCAUAUAAGAAAACAGACCAAAUGCGACGAAGUGGAGAGAAUGGGCAGCUUGUUUGAUGAGACAAUUAAUACAUAAUCUAUAAAACCGACCCCCACCCCCCUCCCCCAAAAAAAAAAAAAAAAUUUAAAUUUCUCCUCUUUGAGGGGAUUUUCUGUUGAAAAUCGGGGAUAAAAUGUGUUUUUUACCUUUUAAUCCACCUUUAUUUUCUCUCCUCUCACGCAAUUGAGCAUUUUGAAGCUUUUAAAAGCAUGAGCUGCUGAAAUCCUCAGAGAAAAAGGGGGUAAGAGGAGGUGGGAGGGUCUAAAUUUGGGGGAAAUCAUCUUUAUUUUUUAAAAUUACCUUAUCAUUUAUCUUUUUUUCUUUUCUUUUCUGUGGUGGAAAAUGUCUUUAGGCAGAGAGGGAUAAAAAGAAAAUAACUUGGUGAGAUUCCUCAGGCAAGUGGGGAGGAAGAGGUGGGAAGGGUCUAAAUUUGGGGGAAAUCAUCUUUUUUGUUAAUAUAUACCUUAAUUUCUCUUUUUUUCUUUGCUUUUCUUUGGUGGAAAUGUCUUUAAGCAGAGGGUGUUUCAAAUAAAUCACUUGGUGAAAAGCUCGGGCAAGCGGGGUAAGAAGAAUUGGGAGUGUCUAUAUUUUGGGGCUAAAAUUUUUUUUUUUUAAACCUACAUUUAUCAUUUUUUCUUUUCCCUCUUUGAUGUGAAUGUCUUUAGGUAGAGAGGGAUAAAAAGAAUAUAACCUGGUGUAUUCCCUCGGGCAAGUGGGGUAAGAAGAAUUAGGAGUGUCUUUAAAUUUUGGGGCUAAAAUCCUUUUUUAUUUAAACCUACACUUAUCAUUUUUUCUUUUCCCUCUUUGAUGGGAAUGUUUUUCGGUAGAGAGGGUUUAAAGGAAAAUAACCCGGUGAAAUCCCUCAGGCAAGUGGGGUAAGAAGAAGUAGGAGGGUUUAAAUUUGGGGAUAAAAAUCUUUUUUUCCCCCUUCAUUACUUUGAUGUGAAUGUCUUUAGAUAGAGAGGGUUUAAAAGAAAGUAAUCCAGUGAAAUCCCUCGGGCAAGUAGGGUAAGAAGGGUCUAAAUUUGGGGAUACAAAUCUUUUUUCCCCUUCAUUUCUUUGAUGUGUAAGUCUUUAGGUAGGGAGGGUUAAAAAUAAAGUAACCUGUUAAAAUCCUGAUGUGAAGAGGGUGUUUUCCAUGGUUUAAUAGCUCAGAGGGGCUCAAUCCAGGGAGGGAGGGGUGUUUAAAAACUUUUAAUUAGGUGAUCUUCAACCUGCCGUCUACAGUUUCUUUUUUUUUUUAAUACCAUGGAUACAGGCAAGGAUGCCUCCUCCUUGCUAGUCCAAAGCUGGUUGAGCAUGUCCUCUCCUUUAAAGAUCCGGUGUCCUGUGGCUGUCUAUCGUCCGAUUGAGAAUUGAAGAGGGGAGCCGCACUUGGCUUCCACUGUGAAGGGCACGGUUUCUAUUUGUCUGCCUGAGUGCCAAAGGAACCAUCGGCUCAUCAUGUCCUAGGUGCUUUGAAGAUUGGGUGAUCUGAAGAGAGGGAGUGUUUUUUGUUUGUUUCUCCCUGUGAUGGAGAAGCUGUGGGGGGCAUAGGAAGUUCUCCCACCCACCACCACCCACGUUCCCUAAGAUGGCCACGGACCCAGGAGAGCCCGCGGCCCCGGGGGACCCUAGCAAACCGGGCGGCAUGUCCUCCGGUGCCGGCCAGCCCCCGGCCAGCGCCUCGCCGGUGAAAGCGGGCAGCCCCUCACCCCCUCCCCCGUCCCAGCCCCGGGACAAGGGCGCCGAGAACCACCGCUUCGUCCGCCGCAGCCUGGAGCUGGUGGAGCGGGAGGGGGCGGCGCGGCUGCCGGCGCUCGACGGCAAGACCGACCCGGCGGCGCCGGCCCCCAGGGCCCCCGGCAACGCCGACGGCGCCAGGGACUCGCUCAAGGACAGGACCGAGAAGGAGAACGAAGAGGAGGCCGAGAUGAAGGCGGUCGCGACCUCGCCUGGAGGCCGCUUCUUGAAGUUCGACAUUGAGCUUGGAAGGGGAGCCUUCAAAACCGUCUACAAAGGGCUGGAUACCGAGACCUGGGUGGAAGUUGCUUGGUGCGAACUGCAGGACAGGAAGCUCACCAAAGCAGAGCAGCAGCGUUUCAAAGAGGAGGCGGAGAUGCUGAAGGGCCUGCAGCACCCCAACAUCGUGCGCUUCUACGACUCGUGGGAGUCGACGUUGAAGGGGAAGAAGUGCAUCGUGCUGGUGACCGAACUGAUGACGUCCGGGACCCUGAAGACGUACUUGAAGCGGUUCAAGGUGAUGAAACCCAAGGUCCUUCGCAGCUGGUGCAGGCAGAUCCUGAAGGGCCUGCAGUUCCUGCACACCCGCACGCCGCCCAUCGUCCACCGCGACCUGAAAUGCGACAACAUCUUCAUCACCGGCCCCACCGGAUCCGUCAAGAUCGGAGACCUGGGACUCGCGACACUGAUGCGCACUUCCUUCGCAAAGAGUGUGAUAGGAACUCCAGAAUUCAUGGCUCCGGAAAUGUAUGAAGAACAUUAUGACGAGUCGGUUGACGUCUAUGCCUUUGGGAUGUGCAUGUUGGAGAUGGCUACCUCAGAAUACCCUUACUCCGAAUGCCAGAACGCUGCCCAGAUAUACCGCAAAGUAACUAGUGGCAUCAAACCCGCCAGCUUCAACAAAGUGAGCGAUCCCGAGAUCAAGGAAAUCAUUGAAGGAUGCAUCCGGCAGAACAAAACGGAAAGGCUGGCCAUAAAGGACCUCCUGAGCUACGCGUUCUUCGCGGAUGACACGGGGCUGCGGAUCGAGCUGGCCAAGGAGGACAGCGGGCAGGAAUCGUCACUGGCGCUGCGCAUCUGGGUGGAAGACCCCAAGAAGCUGAAGGGGAAGCACAAAGACAACGAGGCGCUGGAGUUCAGCUUCGACUUGGAGCGAGACACUCCUGAAGAGGUGGCCCAAGAAAUGGUGAAAUCGGGCUUCUUCCACGAGAACGACUCCAAGCUGCUGUGCAAGUCCAUCCGGGACCGGGUGUUGUUCAUCAAGAGGAAGAGGCAGAGGACGCAGCAGCUGCGGGAGCUGGAGGAGCAGGAGAGGCUGCGCUCGCAGGCGGACCAGCCCCCCCCGCCCACGGUGCCCCCCAGCGCAGCCGGCAACGCCGCCGGCACCACCGGCUGGCAGCAGCCCCCCGCCGAGAGCGAGGAACCCGAGGUGGACCAGCACGUCCUGCAGAACAAGCUGCUCACCGACGCUGUGUCCUUCGACAGCGUCUCGGACAGCAGCCUGACCUCUGCCGCCUGCACCGAGUCGCCGGGGGGAGCGGUCUUUCCGGCGGUCCCGGAGCCCAGCCCGUGCGCGCCGCAAGUCUCUUCGGGCUCCAGCGUGGAGUCCCACCACCACUCGGGCGUUCUCCAUCAGCCGCCGACGCAGCAGCAGCAGCAGGCGAUCGGGACUCCGUCCCACCCCGGGGUGCUCGAUGCUCAGCGGACAAGACAGGCGCUCGAUACCUUGAGCGGGACCCCCGACGCGGCCAAGGAACCCCCCAACGGCAGCGAGCUGGGGAACGGGAAGCCGGAGAAGCCGCUGAAGCCGCAGCCGCGGAG